UGUGCCAUGCCGAAUUGAAUGCCAUCAUGAACAAAAACUCAGCUGAUGUUAAAGGCUGCAGCAUGUAUGUUGCCUUAUUUCCAUGUAAUGAAUGUGCAAAGCUUAUCAUCCAGGCAGGCAUAAAGGAAGUUAUUUUUAUGUCUGAUAAGUAUCAUGACACUACAGAAAUGACAGCUGCACGGCGGAUGUUUGAUUUAGCAGGUAUUAUAUACAGGGAAUUCAAGCCAAAGUGUAACAAGAUCAUCAUUGACUUUGAUUCAAUUAACAGCAGACCAAGUCAAAAGCUUCUAUGAAUUAAGUCUCAUUAAGUCUCUAGAAGAAUGUCAUUAUCCUUUUCUAAAAAGCUGCUAAUGCCUUUCAUCUUGAAGUUACUUGCAACUUUUUAAUGGCUUCUGUAGCUAAAGUAGACUUCUAAGAAAUCCAAGGCAUAAAAUGUCCCCCUCACUUCAUCUUGUCAUGUGGAAUCUAAAUCUACUUACAAUUUUUAAUGCCUUUAUCAAAACUGCUUAAAAAGUCUAGAGACAUGUAGAUGAGACAAUAUAAUGUAUGUAAAGAAAACUGUUCUGAUUCUUGCUGUAUUCAUCACCACAUGCUCUGAUAGGCUGUCAGCACUGAUUUAGACGCAGUUUAACAGUAGUACUUAUUGUAACCAGUAUUACAUGGGAAUGUGCUGAUAUAUGGUGAUCUCUCUCGAUUGGAUAUGUGGAUCUAAAUAGUUGAUCCUCACAAAGGACAAAAAAUGUUUUCCAUGCAAAUACUAAUCUUGCAACUAGCAUAACACUAAUAUUUAAAAGGUUAUACAGCUUUAAGAAUGUGUUAUAUUCUGCAUGAGUUAUCCAACAAAUGAAAUACUGAUUUUUCUUUUAAUUGGUAUCUAGUGCUGUCAUACAUGGAGAUGGUGAGAGAAGAAGUUGUUCUCAGAAUGGUCCCUGCUGGACCGAGCUUUACAGGUGCUUUCAAGUCCUUGUUUUCCCCAAGACUCCAGAAUUGGAGGGGGUUGAGGGUGUAAAUCAUUUAGUUCUUUACCUUUGGGACUCCUACUUGGAGUUGGUUUUCAUAUACAGAAGGAAAUUAUUUUAUUGGCCUAAGCAGUUUCUAGACAAUCCAACAUAGCUCAGUCUUAAAAUCAACCUGUAAGGUAACUGAAUCAUUUUUUGUCCUUUGAGAGAAAUGGGAGAUAGUCAAGCCAUAUCUGUAUCUGUGCCAAAAGAGGUAAUUAUGGUGUUAGCUCGUUUCCCAGUGCUGGUGUAGUACCUUCAUUGGCAUAAAUGUUGCCUAAAAUAAUAUCCUUUUUAAUUUUAUCUUGAGGUCUGGGAAUAGAUUUGAGUUCCUUUUCUCUAAUUUGAUUUUUUUUUAAAUUAAAUAUGCCUAAUGGCUUUGUUUAGAUAACAUCAGUGGUUGGUUUUUGGUUUUUUUUAAACAUGGUUAUACUUCAGUGAGCUUUUAUUUUCUCUAUAAAAGCUUUGUUUCGUGUUCUGGGACAUUAUGUAAUUUGGCUUCAUACCAGUAUUAUUAAACUCCUAUUAAAAUCCA